ACUACAGAUUGGACCUCAAUAACCAUGUACUCAAAUCUACUGUGUCUUACGUGCAAACUAUUCAUUCUUUUAUUCUUUCAUGAAGAUGUCUAUUGUAACAAAGAUUUGAAUAAGAAUAGUAGAAAACUACUUGCACUACACAGAAAAUAUAGACAGGAUUUAGUUGACUGUAAAGUUAAUGGACAACCUCCAGCUGAAUAUAUGUCAAAAUUAAAGUGGAAUUACGAUCUAGCUCAACAGGCACAAUCAUUGGCGAGCUAUUGCAUCUUACGUCAAGGCAAACCUCGUUCGAAAAAAUUCACAUGGGUUGGACAGAAUAUAGCUUUUUUUUCAACCAUUAAUUCAGCAGUGGAUGCUUGGUUCAAUGAGCACAAAUUAUACAAUUACAGUGUGAACAACUGUCCUGAAUGUGUGCAUUACAAACAAAUGGUUUGGGCUAAAACUACAGACAUUGGAUGUGGAGUUGCGAAUUGUCAAAGGUACGGUCUAUCAGUCGUGUGUUACUAUGGUCCAGGGGGUAAUUGGAUUAAUGAGAAACCAUAUAAAGUUAAACCACAUAACUUGUGCCCAAUAGUGCAAAGUAUUCCCGAAGACCGUUUUCAAACUAAUCGUGUUCAUACACGUAAUGGACAGAAGUCAAUAAACCAAAGAGAAAAGAAAGGUGUCAAGUAUCGUCCUAAAUAGUCGUACAGAUCGCUAUCAACGUGAACAGUUGAAAAGUCGAUGUUAUUUAUACUGAAAAUGAAACUCUCUCUAUAUAUACACAUAUACUACUAAUCAACUACUUUGAUUUGAUAUUACUCAUUAAUCUAAAUCUAUGUAGCGCAUUAAUCAUCAUUUAUCUUGAAUACAUAUAUAUGUUUAUUCAGUUUAUCAAUUCAAUAACUG